CCCGCAAUAAAAAAAACGUAGGACAGUGGAUUUUUUCGCAGUAACAGUAGCUUUACUAUGGCCGCAUUAGAGCCACAUGUUUAUUUAAUUAAAGACUUAUUCGCGAGUGGCAAAACACAUGCACAGAUUUCCACCCAUUUGCAGCAAAUGGGUGUCCGGCGAUGCUCCGAAAUGAGCGUUAGAAGAUUCUGUUUUCAACACAACCUUCAACGAAAAAUGCAUUUAUCGGACACAGAACUGGAAUCCGCUGUGAUUGGCUCAGUUUAUAAGGUAGGGCCGUCAUAUGGCCGAAAAUUCAUGACUGGCUAUCUGUCUUCUCUUGGAUUGCGUGCAGGAGAAUGUCGUGUCGGAAAAAUCCUUAGAGAAGUUCAUCAGCCAUACCAUGAAUUGCGACGUCUGGGUGCACGUAAUCUUAACCCAGUUCCUUAUCAUGCCGAUGGUAUGGGCCAUAAACUGCACCUUGAUCAAAAUGAAAAGCUUGUAAUGUUUGGUGUAACACACGUACUGGCCAUUGAUGGCUACAGCAGCAAAAUUGUUGCGAAUGCUACAAUGCCAGUGAAAAAUAAUCUUGUGAUUUAUGAACAAGUGUACAGAUCUGCUGUAGUUAAUUACGGCCUGUGGGACCAGCUGAGGGUUGACCAUGGCAGAGAAUUUUACAUGUGCCUAUACAUGCAGGAGAAGCUGUCGAGACACAGGCAGAACCUCAGCAGACAACCAUACCUUCAAACUACUUCAACAAGGAAUCUUAGAGUGGAAAGGAUUUGGCCUGAAGUUAACAACCGAGUGAACUACCCAUUGAAGCAGGCCCUGGUACACCUGCUAGACCAAGAAGUUAUCAACAUGGAAGACAAUUUGACUAAAUUCUGCAUUUCAAACCUGACCUGCCAAUUAAGCCAAAUUGGAUUAAAUAGAGUAACGCAGUCUUGGAAUGCACACAGGAUCCCAGGCCGUGGGGUACCCAAUGAGCUUGCAGCAGCUGGAUGUCCAUCAAAAAUUUCAGCGGAGCUGCUGCCCAGUGCUCCUGUUGUGGCAAACAUGUACGAACAGGAGUUGGGAUCAUCACUGACGUGGAUGUCAACCUUCGGAAUGGACCCCUUUUCCUCAGAGGAGGACAGAUGUCAUGCAGAAGUGGAUUUUGCAGAAAAGUAUCCAGACAUCUCUCUUCUUUUCAAUCAUGCAGUGAACAAUAACUAUACUCCUUUUCAGGAUUCAUUGUUAUACCUCAUUAAUGUAACUCAAAGAUAUGUCUAAGUGGCCUAAAUACUGUAAUUUUGUAAUCAGUAUAGUACAGUAAUCAUGCAACCAAGCUGUUACUGUGAUAUUGCUUUGUAGUUUUAUACCCAGGCUCAAUUUAAUCAAUGAGGCUUGUUCUUUUUCAUUAAGUAAAGUUUAUUCAAAUGAACAGUUGAAUAAACAGACUAUUUUUUAUAACUCU